UUUCUACUUGUUUCUUCAAUACACAAGCACUAGUGCAACUCAUCUUCCCCUCCACCAUAACCAUGCCCCUCGCUAGAGCAACCUUCAACGACAUCGUCCUCGCCGAAUCUCCCACCUGGGAGACCGUCGAAGGGAACAUCUAUUUCCCACCCACAGCAAUUAAAGAUAAAUCACUCUUCGUCCCGAUCGACAAAGUGACAUAUUGUCCGUGGAAAGGAGAUGCAUCCUAUUACUCUCUCGUGAUUGGGCCUACGUCAAUCCCUGGUGCAGCGUGGUAUUAUCCCAGCCCAUAUGACGCUGCAAGCAAUAUCAAGGACCAUGUAGCGUUUUACACGACAGAGGGUAUCAAAGUGACCGUGGAUUGA